CGUUUGACUUUGCCCGCGUUGUUCGUACUGCCGGUUUAGAGUGCUUGUGUUUUCUGUAUCACUGGACGAGAGGGGGAUCCUUAAGGCCGGCAUUCAUCGUGGCUAGACAGAUCAUGGAGUGACUGUUCGUCGAUCAAACAAAUAAGGUAUUGAAAACUAGUAGAAGUCUCUUACAAACGUACGUGAAAAACGAAAUAGCAUAAGAACUGUAAGAAGCUGUUUUAAAUGAAAAAUCGGGUCAUUUGAGACGUAGGAUUGGAGACGCUCGUUAUCGAAUAUAGAACCAGGCCAUCAUGGACGUUGAGGCAGCGCUGCUGGAGAACUCUCCAACACUGUCGACGAUCUCGUCGGAUUGCACCGACACCACAUAUUCCGGCCCCGGCUCGCCCUAUUCCCCGGAAUCGCCGAUCAUCGUCACCUCCUCGCACAAGAAGACAAAGGAUGACGAGAUCACGCCUAGACCGACGCCCAGGCACCCGCUACCGCCCCGGAAGCCCAACUUCCGGAUACGACCGCCCUACCUUAUGAUCUGCAUCAGCAUCAUAGAGAUAGCCGUUCACUGCCUGGGAGACGAGGCGACGUUGCGCAGGUGGUUGGUCUACGAUCCACGUCAGAGGGUGCAGGGCUGGAGGUUCGUCUCGUACAUGCUGCUGCAUUCGAACGCGCUUCACCUUGCGUUGAACGUAGUCAUCCAACUGGUGCUCGCCACUCCGCUCGAGGUGGAACAGGGUCGAAUAGGGGUGGCAACGAUCUACUUAGGAGGUGGUGUUUGCGGAGCCCUUGGAGCAUCUCUUCUUCAACCGAGCCUCUUCUUGGUCGGCGCUUCUGCGGGUGUCUAUGCUUUACUUACCAGUCACCUGGCGCAUCUUUACCUGUGUCACGGAGAACUCCGCUACGCCGGCUGGCGUCUAGGUGCCGUGUUACUCUUAGCAAGCGCAGACGUGGCGUCACUUCCAAUUCCAGCACUGCUCGGUUGCGGUAGAGUCGGUUGGGCAGCUCACGUGGCUGGCGCCCUGGCAGGGCCACUCCUAGGCCUGGCAGUGUUCCCGAAUCAAAGCAAGAAAGACGCUAGAGGACGAAGAUUCGUGAGGUUCGUGCGACUUCUAAGCGCGAUCAGCGUGAUGCUUCUGGUGGUCGGCGCCAUUUUGGGCAACAUCUACGUGAUCGCGUUGCCACAGCUCAGGAAGCCCUCCUGACAGAGGAUCGAGCUGCUCGUCAAGCUCUGCAGGCGGUCCUUCCUCAUCGUCAAGAUCAGAGAGGCCGCCGAGAGCGUUUUCGAGUAGGAAAUCGCGCAACUCGCUGGCAAUGGGAAAAUUUUUACGACGUUGCUCGGACCCAGGGAAAGAAAUGAUCGUCGUCGAAGUUGGGAUCGCGUGAAAUUAUGAGAAAAGAAAAAAGAAAAAAAAAAGGGAAGAAAAAGGAACAGAAUUUGAAGAUAACGUUAAAGACGAAGAACUUUCGAAACUAAAAAUUUCUUGAAUUUGGAAGCAAAAAUAAUAUGGGAUUGUAAAUGGAACUGAAAAACGUCGUUGAACAAAUAUGUCGGCGAAUGUAUUACGGUGACGUGAGAAUUUGUAGAUUGAUAUUGCGAUGCGCGUGGAAGAGAAAUUGUUGUUCAAACUGCGCAAAUGGGUGAACAAUUAGAUGGAAGGAAAAAUGAGACGUUGGAUAUAAAUGAAACGGAACGGAAAAGCAUCGUGCACUGUUAAAGAGCAAGUGGUGGAUGUACAACGUGGGCGUAAAUCGAUUGGAGCAGCUACUCGCAGACUGUUGUUGCGAUACGCGUGGAAGAACAAAUUUUGUAAACAGUGCAAAUGGGUAAACAAUUAAAUGGAAAGAAGAGUAAGAAGCUCGUGGGAGGUAUUACGAUUGAAGACUAUUUGCAAGUCGUUGUUGCGAUACGCAUGGAAGAAGAGAUACUUGGAACUGUUCAAUUGAGUGAACAAUUAAGUUGAAGGAGUAGAAGGCUUCUUAUUUGCAGCGAUUGUCGGAUAUAAAAUUGAGAAGAAGAAAAUUGAAGAUGGAAGGAAAUGUAUCUAUCGAAGCAAGAAGAAAGCAGAAGAGGGACAAAGAUACAUGUACGUUAAUCUUAUUGAGAACUUGGCUAAACUUAGAGUUUAUCAAGCCGAGAAAAGCGUGCGUUUAAUUACAAAAGGAGGAAGACUUUCCGCAACAAAUAUUUAAAUAUUUAAGGGAACGAAAAUCGCUGAGGAAUUAAAACCGAAUAAACGGUCCAGCGAUUUCUAUCGGAAUAAUAUUUACCUUUACCGAAACUGCCAGAAGAGAACCACUCACUGAAUGAAUCGCCUAAAAUAGAUAAAAAUAAAAAUAAAGAAAAAACAAGAUCAAUCGAUCAACCAAAAAAAUAAAUAAAUAAAUAAAUAAAUAUAAAAAGCGAGAGCAAUCUAAACCAAUCUUAGGGAGAGAAAGAAGGAAGAAAAUUGCCUGAAAUUCCAGCUGGCUCGAUUCAAGUUUCUUCGACUGCAUCGACAGGAAUGAUCAAGGGUCUCCUUUUCGAAAGAACUAUAGCAUCCUGUCUGCGUUUGGUAUACUUCUCUGCAAGGUCUAGCCGUUCUUCAAUUUCUGCCUGAUGUAUUCGGCUAGCGAGAAGCAGCAGAAAGAUAUUCUGGAAAUUUACGUUGGCCAAGCUGUCUCUAAUCGUAGGAUUACGAGAGGUCGUUGCGCGGGGCCAACGUUUGUUCCAACGGCUGACGAAUCGACGUCGUUUCGACGAAGAAUGGACGCGUCGUGUAAAUCGCUUAUAUCGCGAUUCUUUAUUGCACUCAUCAAUGUUAAGACGCCAAAAUGAAUAGGAAACUUCGACUUGAUGCUUUUUGGUGUUUGUUUGGAUGAAAUCGGAGGAGCUGGUUUCUGAAAGAGGCGCAGAAUUCUAUUUGGAGAUGGAUGUAGAAUUCUCGAUUGUACACCUUCGACGAUUGAAAAGAAGCGAGGAGAAGAAGUUGAUAGGGCUGGGAUUGUUUAACGGCGAACGUAGAACUUUUAAUUGCAGCCUCGACGAACGGAGAAAAGAUAGAAAGAAGAAAUUGAAAGAGUUGCACCGUAUAAUGACGGGAUCAGUAAGUUUGACCAUGUGCUUGAUAAAUAGCAGAAUGUUGAAAGUAGAGAUUAAGGAAACUACUGAUUUGGUUCUUCGAUAAUGCGUGCCAUGUGAAACGAUGGAUUUGGUUGUUCAACUUUAGACCUUAACUUUCAACGAAGGAGGAAUAAAUUGAAAGGAGAAAUUGAAGGGAAUAGAUCGUCGAGAGUUAAAACUUGGUGAUAUAGUUUCAAUUUACUUCAGUUCCUAGGUGGAUGAAGAACAGAUUGAAAUCGGAAGUUAGACAGUGUUCAAUAAUGAGUGUGAUCGAUAAUAAUAAAAUACUCUUCGCUGGUUACUCAGUGGCUAUGCAGAAAAGAUUGGACGAACGUUGAAGAAAAUAGACUAUUGGAAAAUAAAUUUCGUAUAUAAUUUCAAUUUUCUUUUUAGUUCUCGAUGGAUGAAAAAGAGAUUAAGAGCAAAGGUCGAAGAAAGCAGACUAUUCAAAGAUAAACUGAUACGAACGUUCGACCUUAGACCUUGGUAGAAUAAAGGAAAAGUUAAAAGCAUAGCUUUUCGCACUUUUGCUGUACAUUUAGCGGACGAAGAAAACGUGAAACGUUCGCUUUUCUUAGGCAAAAGAAACGAUAGAAGGAAAAGUCAAAAAGAUUAAAGAAGUUGGACUUCUUAGAGAUCGCUGUAGAACUUUAGACUGUACUUGAUGUAAAGAGAAACUGUACAAUCGAGUGGAGAAUCAAAGGUAUGAAUCUUGUUUUGUGUUCUCGUUCGACGAAACGGUGAGUGAAAGACUGAUUCGUGAAAGUUCGAGGGUUAGAGAGAAAGAAGAGCGUUUAAUAGGUGGAUAAGAUGAUUUUGUUGAAUCGAAGCGUUCAGGACAAUGGCACGAGAACUGUAGCGAAUGAUGUCGAUCGGCAGAUAGUUGCCGAGGCGACGACUGUACAAUUGACUAGUAGUAAGCCUGAAAUCCGUUGAUUGGUAACGUAUUGGUAGACCGUUGUUCCUGGUGGCACGAAAAUCGAUGAACAAGAGAGACAUUAUGCUGUUUAUACUUUUCCAAAAAAGUCGUUUUUCAACUUCACUUCAUUUAUGGACACAUAGAAUAAUUUUUCAAUCAAGAAAUACUUGUACAAGUUGCAUGCUGUAAUUUCCAAGCUUUUUCCCUAUUUUCUUUUUUUUCAUUAUCGAAGAAUCCUUAGAUCCUGAAGCUUUAAAAUGAAAACAGAGUUUCCUGUAAAGACAAUUUUCCUCCAUAAAUUAUGUAUUUUAUUCUUGCAAAUUUGCUAUCAAGAAGUAAUACUUUCACGAUUAUAGAAAAAUGUCUUGUAAUUGUUAAUUGAGAGCAAAGAUUUAUUUCUAAACAACUAAUUUUAAUCAAAUUUUAAUCAAUCACGUUUAGAAUUAAUUAGAAAUAUCUUUAAUUCGACAAUUUUAUUAUCUUGGCGAUUUGAAGAUUAACGUUCGUUGAUUUUUCUGUGUAUCCAGGAAUAAAUAGAAAUAAUUAGUUGAUAAGGAUGUUCUAAGAUAAUUCUUCGCUAUAAAGUACCGAUUAAAGUAACGAUAAGUUGGGUAUUCGUUAUUUAAAAAGCGGCUGCGAACGACGAAUUCCUCUUAUCACUCUUUUUUCCUAGCCGAUAUCGUGGAUGAAACCGGGAGAGAAAAUUGCGCGACUCGAGAAAUGCAUUUCACGAUCCCUCGAUUCGUCGUCCCAACGAUGCGUUUUCCCGUUAAGGUGGAUGGUCGUCGAGUCGAGGACGUCGUUGUCGUCAAAGAUGACGCGUCGCGGAACGACCUGAUUUUCUUCUGAAAAAUCGCACGACUACCAUUCGAAAGUUAUAUGUCUCGAUCUACUAUAAUUUUUCGCGUUCAAAUCGUUUUAUAUUCAAAAAUUUAUUUCCUCUUAUCCAUCUGUGGUUUUCUUUGCUUUCGAGUUUCUGAAUAUUAUAUCGUAGAUUUACACGUGUGAAUUUUAAUUGAAACGCAAUUUUAAUUGUCCAAAGUAUUCUCCCAAUAUUCUUCCGAUUUCUUGAACUUUCCUUAGACUUUAUUUUUAUGCAUUUUCAUCUUCGAUUUCCAUUAUGUAUUUUCAUCUGUCGUAGUUGCUGGAUCACAUUUACUUCUCGCGCUUUUUCAAGCACUUUUCGUGCGCAUUCGAUUUACCCCCUUUGCGCUCCGAUUCUUUCAUUUGGCUAUCUCUACGUUAAAAUAUCGCUCGUCUGUCUUAGAAAGCAAAUUCGAUUCAAAAAUUAGGACGCAGUCUUUUACGUAAAUCCAUAAAUAAAUUGCCACUUUGCAUUUGUUAUCGCUCGUAUAAUAUUCACAAGCCUAGAUUCGAGGAAGUUCUUUUAAAAUAUGCUUAAGGACAUGGCCCAAGUUUCCCAAAACGGGAUCAAAAUUAACUUUCUAAACUUCCAAAUUUACAAACACUGCCAGUGUUCCGUCCCCCUAUAACACAGACACACGCAAAAGAUAUUUCCUCCAUAAUGGAAGAUUUCUCAAUAUUUAAUAUUUCUAUGCUUUACUAUAAAUAAUAGAGAUAGUAAUUCUAUCGUAGAGUUAAUAUUGAUUUUUAUAUAAUGUGAUACUAUAAAGAAGAGAGAAAGAGAUGAAUGAGAAGACAGGAGGAGAUGGCAUUUCGUCCUGGGGCUACUAAUGGACUCAUUAGUAAGGUUUCCCAGGAGGCUCGUGCCUUAGACACGAGGACAGUACGACGGAGGUGACACAUCGCGCUCCUCUGACGAUUCAGAGGACGCAUUUACAUGAACAGGAUGCUUAGGCGACGAAUUUCAGAGAAUUACCUUGUUGCCACGAAUUUCUCUGGUGGCGAGUGUACAAGGACCACCGAGUGUACAAGUUUCUCAACUGACCACUAUUUUCCCGCAAUAAUGAAUCACUCGUAUCUUCUUCUUCCUCAUCCUCUACGAUUCUUCAUUCUAUAAUGCGAAUACUCGAUAGAAAUUGACUGAUUUCUCUCCUCUAUUCAAAACCUUAAACCAUGUUGCUCGUUGCAUUGUUUAAAAGAAACAAUUUUAUCGAUACACUGCCCAUAUCGGUGAUUUUCGCCACACGGAUACAUUUAUUCACUCCACCGUGGUCCAAUAUAUUAAAAGAUGAAACAAAUCUCUUUAAUGGUUAAUUUAAAUUAAGAUUUAAAUUAAGAACCCUGGGACUCUGCUUCUUCGGUCGUGUUCAUAAAACUACGAGUUUGCCUAAAUGUCCACCAAAGGACCAAGGAGUAUUCAACUUAUCCUAAUCUUACGGACGUUCCAAUUUCUAUAAACUUCGUACAGUUGGCGAAUUUCAGCUGAAUCGCUGCAAUUUUUUUCGUAACGAACAAUUUUAUCGAUACACUGCCCAUAUCGGUGAUCUUCGCCACACGAAUAUAUUUAUUCCCCAGUUCGCUCCACCGUGGUUCAACAUAUUAAAAGAUGAAACAAAUCUCUUUAAUGAUUCAUUUAAAUUAAGAUUCAAAUAAAGAACCCUGGAAUUCUUCUUCUUCUGAAUCAUAAAACUACGAGUUUGCUUAAAUAUCCACCAAAGGACCAAGGAGUAUUCAGCUUAUCCUAAUCUUACGGACGUUUCAAUUUCUAUAAACUUCGUACAAUUGACGAAUUUCAGCUGAAUCGCUGCAAUUUCUUUUCCUAAUCGCGAUACUAAGAGAAUACAAAUUUUAUAAUGUAACUUCACCCCCCAAAAAAAAUAUUUCAAAUAAGAUAUCGCGUCGACGUUAUCAUUCAAACUUAAUUUACUGAUAACCAGAACAAGCUAUCUUUUGAAAAUUCCCAUCUGGAAGUCGUGAAACCCUACAACUUGGAGAAUUCGUAAUCAAAAUUAACGUUUCGGCAACUUGAGUCAUGUCACAUAUCCAAAUGAGAGACGCUGUCGCAAAGAUGGAGAGAGCGCAAAGGGGUUGCUACUCAGCUUGUCCUCGGCAACUCGCAGCCAGAAAUCAGUCGAGUAAUCCUAUCCCACUGAACCGAUCGAUGAGAGUGUAUCAUUCGCGAGUAUGCGAUGAAAGAAUAGAAGAGACGGCGGAAUAGGGGAAUUUAAUGGAGGUAAACGGGCGCAGAAAAUUCCGAGAAGCGCGGAAACGACGCGUGGGGUGUUCACGCGUACGCGAGUGCGAACGUGGGCAGAAUUUCGAACGCGGCUCUUAGUUGCUUCUCCUUGCCCCGCGCUCUUAUCGCGCAUCCUUUCUUUUUCCACGUCCAGAGCAGAGAAAUUAAAAAUCUCCGUUGCCUCGUGCGCUUUUACAUUUACGACGCCGUAAUCUUUAAUUCUAUGCGGAAAGUGUUUUUCCGCGAUUCUCGCUUCUAUGAAAAUUCCACGGCAAUUUGACCUCUUGUCUUGCCACGUCAAGUCAUAAACUAGACGAAAAUUACGGAUUUGAUUCAACAAGAGAAGGUCCCGUAAUGUUUGAAACAAUGGAUUGUUGAGAUUUUCAUUUUUGUUUCAAACCUGCAGAUUGUGGAGAUUGUGAACUUAUUUUUUAUCGAUAGGUGUUGUUAAGAUGUUGCGCUGGUAUGGACGAUUAUGUUAACCUGAGACAAUUUUUGGUGGAAAAAAAACACGAUUUAUUAAGUUAUUAUAAUUCGAAUUAUUAAUAUCGUAAGGGGUCGUAAGGGGUUAAACGAAAGUGAUUGCACUUUUAUCGGUUAAUUAACCCUCUAUAACCAUCGGUUGUUUUGUUUUUUUAGUUUUCAUAUAUGAUAAAAGAGGUUCCAGUUAAUCGUUGAAUUUUUGUUUUAAUGUAAUAAUCAGAGGCUAAGAAUUAUUACUAAUAAAUUGUUUAACAGUCGUUUUCUAAGAUGAUCGUUCGAUGGCUUAAGGGAAUAGAGUAAGAUUUAGAGAGUGUAGAUAUAUGAAUAAACAGUUUUUGAGUCUCAGCUUUACGGUGUUAUAGAGGGUCGAAGGAAUUUAAUUAGUGUUAUCUGUAAGAAUGUAAUUGUUACGUUUGACAAAGGAAUUUUUGGCAAAGGAAUUGUACAAUGGAUGAGAAUAAUUACUGUGAUCAGUAAUGGAAAAUUCGUUCGAGGAAUUGGCUAAUUAACCGAAGUAUGCGUGUGAUAGAAGAAAAAUGGGAAGAGAAAGUAAUUAUUAUCAUCGAUUAUUUUACUAAAAAUAAUCGACGGACUAAGAAAACGACUCGUAGUUGAACUUUCAGGCAACAAAUUGCCCGUCGACCAAUUCUUGUGCAAUAGAACAUGGACAGAGAAAAGGGAUGAAAGGAUCGGAUCUUUGAAGGCUGUUAGGGGAUAAGAAGCGCUGUUAAAAUGCUCUUCCUUGGAUUCUUUUCAUCAAAUCCAGAAAACGUAUCGUAGAUUUUCAAGAAUUCCGAUUUUCAACCGAUUCGAAGCAAAAAGAGCCGAGACGAGAAAAGAAUUUCCGCGUCUCUAACGAAAAGAAACUAAAAAGUUGGUGAAUUUAAGUGGAAAAUCUCCGAUAAAACGUCUAAUUAAUUUUGUUAGAAGCUCGUUGAGAAUUUUAAACGACGGAAAAGUAAAUCGAAGAUCUUGAAAACCGGCUGGAUACGAACGAUAAAAAGCAAUCCAAGCUUCUCGGCCAAAUGAAAAGAAUAUUCUCAUUCGGGAGCCCGAUUUAUAGUUUAAUCGCGUUUCCUUUGGUUAAGCCGCGACGAUGCAUUAACGAUGCUGCCAAAACCGGAAAACAAUACAUUUAUAACUGUACGUAGUACUUAAUCGAUAGUAAAGUAGCGCGCCGAAUCGUGUUCAGAUUACCCACAAAUUUUCCAAAAUUCGUCCUUCCGUAUUUGCGCCUCGAUGAAACGUGCAAUCGAUAAUACGAAAUUCGUAAAACAAAUUUUUCAAAUAUCUUCAUCGACUAACGAUUUAUCCGUAUCCAUUGAUUUUAUUCCCACGUAUUACUAAAGAUAAGAGAAGAAGUGGCUGCUCCAUUAGACAAUAAGAUUUACGCCCAAGAUAUUUUUCUUCUUUCAUUAUUCAAAUAAUAUUAUUCAGGAAAAUAAUCUUUUAAGGAGAUAAAAAGACGUCGAAUCAAGAAGCGGAAAGAUCUCAAGGAUAUUUGUAAAGUCAACCGCUUUUGACCGUAAUUUUCAAUGACGAUUAUUUGUGGGCAAUCCGAAUGGAAGAAGAUGUGUUCUCUCCGGCAAUUUAGUCGAUCACUGUACCUAUGUAUUUGUUUAUCGAUAUUAUUAUACACUUACAGAUAUACAGACAGGUAUACAGACACACACGAGGCGAACUGGCUGUGAUUAUGUUAGUGUUACGAAACCUACGUCGACACGAUUAAUAAUUAUAAUAAUAAUAAUAAUAAUAAUAAUAAUAAUAGUAAUGAUAAUACGAAUAUAUCUGUAAAUACAACCGACUAAUUGGAUAUAAAUAUAAAUACGAUUAUAUACGCUGUGAUUUGAUCACGGGCAUAUUUAACGGAGGGUUGUCACCUCUCCACUGUGUAUCGAAACAAUCGAUUGCCUGCAAUAAAGUCGAAAUCGUUCCACGGUUCCCGUAA